UUCAGUCAGUUGCCGUAGGGAUGCGCGCAAGCUCUCUAGCUAAGUAGAGCUGCUGCCUAUCGAUUCAAAAACAACAAGCACCGGCCCUGCGAGCUGAGAGACGGCGACGGCGAGCGUGCAGCCAAGCAGCAGAGGCGACCGUGGGGGGGGGGAACGCAGAGAAACAGCUCCGCCAUUGUCUCUCCUCACCCUAGUGGCUCAGCGGACAGGGGAUGCCCGUGACUGCCGCCGUUUCAGCAGCGCUGGGAUUUGCAGCAGAUGAGGGUGGCAUAGCCUACAUCUCAGUCGCCUAGGAGGUCCUUCCUACCCUCCGCCACACAACCCGAGGACUCCUUCGUUCAUUUGCAGGACUCUUUCUUUAUGUUAAGCUGUGACAACUACAAAAUGGAGGCUCCACUUGUAUGUCUGGAUGAGGAGUUCGAAGACCUGAGGCCUUGCAGACACGAAGAGGUGGAGCAGGCACCUCGACGUCCCUUCGGGACUGUGCCCCUGGUCCGGGAAGACUUCUCAGAGCUAGAGAACUUCUCUGAGAUGAUGAGCUUCAAGUCAAUGGAAGACCUGGUCAACGAGUUUGACGAGAAACUCAACGUGUGCUUCCACAACUACAACACCAAGACCGAGGGAUUGGCUCCCGUGCGCAACCACUCCCACACAGAGGAGGACGAGGAACGUCUGCAGGAUGAAGACGUGUGGGAUGCUCUGACUGAUAAUUACCUGCCCUCGUCUGGCUCCAGCUGGGACGACCCCAACUCAGAGGGAUUCAAUGGAAACCUCUCCGAUCAGGAGAUUCAUGAGAAGGAGGAAGAGGAGAUGAACGAGAAGAACGAGAUGGCCAACUGCCUGAACGAGGAACCGCUAAUUACGGCCGAUCAGGUGAUCGAGGAGAUCGUGGAGAUGAUGGAGAAUUCACCAGAUCCAGGGGAGACGGAGGAGGAAGAGGAAGAGGAGACCGGAGACUGCUUGCCGCCCACCAGCCCAUCCCUGCUGGAGGAGAUUCGUGUGCUGUCCAAGGCCUCCAAUAACAACUGCUCCUACGAAGGCCUGCGGCUAAUGCCCAGUUCGGCCCUCCUGGAGCUGCUGUGUCGCAUGGAGGCCGCCAUCCGCGAGUACUCCGAGGAGCUGGUGACGCAGCUGGCCCGCCGCGAUGAGCUCGAGUUCGAGAAGGAGGUGAAGAACAGCUUCAUCACGGCACUGAUGGAGGUGCAGAACCGGCAGAAGGAGCAGCGGGACGUGGGCAAGCGGAGACGCCGCGAGAAGGGCUCCAGCACGCAGGGGGCAGCCCGUGCGGAAAAGUCCGGAUCCAUGCCCAUCAAGCGGUUCAGUAUGGAGGGGCUGUCCAAUAUCCUCCAGACGGGGAUCCGGCAGACAUUUGGGAACUCAGGGACAGACAAACAGUAUUUAAACACGGUGAUACCAUAUGAGAAGAACGGCACCCCUCCUACAGUGGAGGACCUUCAAAUGCUGACGAAGAUUCUUUAUGCGAUGAAGGAAGACAGUGAGAAGGUACCAACACUGCUGACUGACUACAUUUUGAAAGUGCUGUGUCCCACCUAAACGAAACGCACGAGGCCCAGCGCCAGCGAGGCUCUGCCAGGGUGCCAUCCACCUCGAGUCCAAGCUGCAUGAGACCCCAACCAUUAAUAACGAUGGACCAUGGCAUCUAAUCAUUGUACCUUAUCCAUCACAAGCCCCAAAUAAACCUCUGCCUUUGCUGAGAUCAUCUGGUCUUUCCUGCACCUUUACAAAACCCAGGAUUUGAGAUGGUGCUCCCCCCUUACCUGUCCCCAUCUAUAAGAUGUCUAUGUAGCUAUUCCAGACCGGAUUCCACACGGUACGUCAGGAACCGUCAACGGCCAGAUGCACGCACACAUGUACUUAGACGGGUCAUUUUAAAACCCAAUACAUAUCGUGCAUGGUACCCAGCGCGCUCGCAUUUGCCUAUUGGCUACCCAGCUCAGAUGCAAAUCAAGGAUCUGCCAUUCAUUGGUCGUAACACACUAGCACGGCAUCUCAGUCUAGCGAAAACUGAGAGAUAACGUUACAGCUUCAUGUGUGGAGGUUAGCCGCCCUGGUCUUUAUUUCGCUUUACUUGCGAGCCCGUGCACUUCGAACGCGGCUCUCACAUGCAACUCAGAUGGCAGGUAGAGCAGGUUUUCGAAAUCUGUCACCCCAGUGAAAGAUCGAACAACACGUGUCCAAUGCCACUCCACACAAACAUUGAUAUGUCUUCAAGGACCUCAGGGUUUCGUCAACACAACGAUAUCUAGCCAUCUCCCAUCUUUAAUAACCCAUGUAAUUUAUCGCAUAUCAUUAACGUAGCUGUCGUAUGCAUCUCUCUCUUGAUUAAAAUGAGCGAUUUUUAUCCUUAAUGAAAUAAAGAUGUGUUCCCUGUGA